AUGAGCGGGCCGCGCCCCUCUAGUCGCGCAUUUCUCCACGAGCUGCCAUGCUUACCCGCUGAUUCUAAGAUCCGCUUUUUGGGCUGUGUGAGGCAAUACAACGUUAAUAUUGGUCAUCUCGUCUUGGAACACCAUUAUCCGCGCAGCAAAGAAGAGCCCAGCAUGGUUUUCGUGGAUGUAAAUGCUGUCCUCGAAGAUCUGACAUCCGAGGAGCUGCGGGUAGGCUCAUGGUUGAACGUAUUGGGAUAUGUUCGAGAUACUACACCGCCAGAUGCGUCUUUCUCGAGUCAACAGGGUUCACAGCAGUCAAAUGAGGCACUGCCUGUCAAGGUUUCACCACGGCCGGUGUACGUCGAGGCAGUGAUGGUUUUCUCCGCGGGUGCUAUUGCUCUGGGAGAGUACGAGCGGAUUCUGCGCAAUGCGCAAGACGUGGAGCGCCGAAUCCACAAUCAGGGCUGA